ACUCUGGAAUGCCCUGCCUCCACCCUGGGAUGACCCUUGGAAGCCCCGCCCCACCUGGAAUGCCCCGCCUCUAUCCUGGGAUGACCCUUAGAAGCUCCGCCCCCACCCUGGGAUGCCCCCUGGAAGCCCCAGCCCACCCACCCUGGGAUGGGGGGCUGAGGCGGGCGUGUCCCCGCAGGGGGCGGCACUACUGGGUGCCGGUGACGCGGCGGCUGUUCGGGGGGCAGAUCGUGGGGCAGGCGCUGGUGGCGGCGGCGCGGGCGGUGGGCGAGGACAUGCACGUGCACUCCCUGCACUGCUACUUCGUGCGCGCCGGGGACCCCGGCGUGCCGGUGCUGUACCAGGUGGAGCGCACCCGCACCGGGAGGAGCUUCUCGGUGCGCUCCGUGAAGGCGGUGCAGCACGGGAAGCCCAUCCUCAUCUGCCAGGCCUCCUUCCAGCGGGCCCAGCCCAGCCCCGUGCAGCACCAGUUCGCCAUGCCCGCCGUGCCGGCCCCCGAGGAGCUGCUGACGCAGGACGAGCUCAUCCACAAGUACCUGCAGACUGACUUCUCCCUCCGCGGCCGGCGGGAAUCCCUGUGGUCGCAGCAGCGAACGACCCCUCUUCCCCGAGGCCUCGGCUUCUCUGCUGCUCUCAGCAGGGAUCCCAACUUGGUGGAGAAAUACCGGCAGGGGCUCAACAAGAUGCUGGCGCAGAACGUGCCCAUUGAGAUCAAGCCCGUGAACCCGCCAGACGUGUUCCACUGGCAGCCGCAGGAGCCCAAGCAGCUGUUCUGGGUGCGAGCGCGUGGCUACAUCGGGGAGGGCGACAUGAAGCUGCACUGCUGCGUUGCUGCCUACAUCUCCGACUAUGCCUUCCUGGGCACCGCCCUGCUCCCGCACCGGCAGCACACGGUCGAGUUCAUGGUCUCCCUGGACCACUCCAUGUGGUUCCACGCGCCCUUCCGAGCCGACCACUGGAUGCUGUACGAGUGCGAGAGCCCCUGGGCCGGCGGGAGCCGAGGGCUGGUGCACGGACGGCUGUGGCGCAGGGACGGGGUCCUGGCCGUCACCUGCGCACAGGAAGGAGUCAUCAGGGUGGCAGAGACCCCGAUCGAGAGCAAGCUGUAGCUGCCCCCGCGGAAAGGCUGCCCUGGCUGGAAGUGGGCACAGAUCUGACGCGGAGCCCGGGCAGCAGCGGAGGGCUGGAGCCAGCUGGAUCUCCGUGCUGCUGGGCGGCGGUGGCACAGCGGGUGCAGGCUGGGAGCAGGCAGACACGGGCUGCGCUUACGUCACGUUUAUUGAUGGUUAGUUACACACUGGACUGGCAGCGGCUGUCUCUGCCUCGCUCCCCUUCCCCCCCCUUCUAAUAAAGCAGCUGCGGCA